AUGGGUCGCCAGCGACCCGACACGCGCGCACGCGUGUCGAAAGCGUGCAAGUUCCUGGGCAUAUGCAUGGUCAUCCUCAUCGGUCCCGUGCUGGCCGUGUCUUCCCAGCGCAAUGCGCUGCUCCUCCUGGCCGCCUCGAUCGACACCACCGGCGUCCUGAACUGGUCUGUCAACACAGCGAUGUGCAGCUGGACCGGGGUCACUUGCAACGCUGCCGGCUCCGUCACCACCGUGGACCUCGAUGGGCUGGGCCUCAUGGGGCAGCUCCCCGUGGAUGAGAGCCUGUGGCAGGAGCUGGACACCAUCACGAAUCUGAACCUGGCCAACAACGACCUGAGCGGCCUGGUCCCGGCCCAAAUCUCCCAGCUCACCAGCCUGCACUACCUGAGCCUGGCAGGGAACAGACUGACGGGGUCCCUGCCCAGCACCUGGAGCAGCCUGAAGGACCUGGUGGGGCUGGACGUCUCCCACAACCGCAUCAGCAACACCCUGCCCUCCACUUGGGGUGACCUGAUCGCCCUCAAGGCGCUGGACCUGAGCUCCAACAGCCUGUCCGGCGGCAUCCCUUACUCCUGGACCGCCCUGAACCUCAACGCGCUUUCCCUGGCGGGCAACUCCGGGCUGUGCGCCAGCGGCGCUGUCUUCUCCCCCAAGCCCGACGUGUACUAUGCCUCGUGCCUGGACUCCUCCCCGACCCUGCCCGGCAUCAACCCCACCUACAUCUCGCCCCCGCCCCAGCCGAUGAUCUUCACGGAGGACCCGAGCGCCGCGUCGGCCUCCAUCUCCGCCGCGUCGGCCAACGGCACCCUGGCCGCCGAGCUCGCCGCCCUGGGCCUGACCCUGGUCAACGGCACGGUGGUGGUCCUGAACUCCGUCGACUCCUCCAGCACCAGCAGCAAGGGCGCGCUCAUCGGCGGCAUCGUCGGCGGCGUGCUGGGCGCCGUCCUGCUGGUGGCGGGCGGCUUCUUCGCCUGGCGGUGGCACAGGUCCCGCUCCCAGGCCGGGGCGGGGGGCGCGGCCUUCUCCUCCAAGAACGCCGCGUUUGAGGAGUCGGAGGGCGUGGAGAAGGUGGCGGGUCCCGCGGGCGUCGCGGGGGCCGUGUACGACGUCCCCGGCACGAGCAAGGCGGAGGGAGAGUUUGCCAACCCCAUGUAUGGCGGCGCCGAGGAGGGCGCCAAGCCCGCCAACCCGGUCUACGACUCCGGCGACAGCCCCCUGGCACCCGCGGCCGGCGGCUACCCUGGCGCCGCGGGCACCGCCGGACCCAGCGACUUCACCAACACGGCGUUUGGGGAGGGACUGGACACGCCCAAGGGCGACACGGUGCCGUCCAACCCCCUCUUCGACACCAGCACCAGCCAGCUGUCUGGCCCGGGAGGAAAGGCUGAAUACGACGACACCAAGGAGGCACCCGUGGCGGCAGUUGCAGACUUCUCCAACCCCGCCUUCGCCGAUGCGGGGAUGCUGGACACGCCCAAGGGCGACGACGGCGCCGGGCCGGGCGCCAACCCGCUCUUCGAUUCGCAGACCAGUCAACUGUCCGGCCCAGAGGAGGGCCAGAACUAUGCGGCCGGGGACAAGCCAGGCUCGCGGCCCAAGGCACAGACUCCCCAGGCCUGGCCGCCAGCCAACCCCCUGUUCGGGAGCGAUGCUGCCAAGGUGCGGGCGGUGACCUUCACCGAAGGGAGGGAGGGGGCGGAUGUCGCCGUGAUCAAGCCCGCCGAUGGUGACGGGCCCGGCUUCUACGCCGUGUUUGACGGGCACGGGGGCGUAAAUGUGGCCCGGCUGGCAUCCACGCUGCUGCACGAGGCGGUGCUGGCGGCGGGCCUGGCGAGGCUGUCGGGCGAGGCCGGGCUCGGGCCUGGCGCCAUGGACCGGGCUCGCGCCGCGAGGGCCGCGGUGAUCGAGGGCUACCGCGCCGCGGACGCGGCCAUCCUGGCCCGGUGUGGGGAGGAGGGCUGGCGCGACGGCGCGGCCGCGGUCACGCUGUGGACGCUGGGCGGCACCGUGGUCGUGGCCAACGUGGGGGACGCCCGGGCGGUGCUGGCCCGCAGGCCGACCACGCUGCGCGCGCUGACGCUGACGAGGGAGCAUCGCGCCGUGCUGCCGGCGGAGCGGGCGCGGAUCGAGCGCGCCGGCGGCUGGGUCGGGCCCGACGGGCGCCUGCUGGGGCGCAUCGAGCUGUCGCGCUCGCUGGGCGACGCGGCCUUCAAGCGGCGUGGCAUGUCGGCCGCGCCGGACGUUGCCGUGUUCGAGGCUGGGGGGCGCGAUGUUUUCCUCCUCCUUGGCUGCGACGGGUUCUGGGGGGUGUUCUCCGCCCAGGAGGCGGUGGACCUGGCGGCGGCCCAGCUGGCCGCCGGCGCGGGCCCCAAGGCCGCCUGCAACAGGCUGCUGCACGAGGCCGUCCGCGUGCGCGCCUGCCGCGACAACUGCACGGUCAUGCUGCUGGUCCUGGCGCGGGAUCGGCCUGCUGUCCGCUAG